AUGGCAAAUAGAGUUGGAUCAUUCUGCCUGAGCACUUUUAGUAGGCGUUUGAGCAGUGCUCCUUUGCCAGCUUAUAAUUUCAAACCGAAAAAUUAUGAGGGACCAGAUUACGACAAAAUAACUACGCUGAAAGCAGCGCACAUACCUCCAGCCGUAUAUAAUGUGUAUAAAAAUCCUGUACUUAUCCACCAAGGUCACAUGCAGUGGCUAUUUGACCACAAAGGAAGAAGAUACUUAGAUCUAUUUGGAGGCAUUGUUACAGUUUCAGUAGGGCACUGCCACCCAAAAGUGGUAACGGCAUUGAACGAACAAGCAAACAAACUUUGGCAUACGACAAACAUUUAUAGACAUCCAAAAAUUUAUGAUUAUGUUGAAAAACUAGUAUCAAAAUUUAGUGGUGAUUUGAAGGUGGUUUACUUGGUAAAUAGUGGUACUGAAGCCAAUGAAUUAGCUAUUCUGCUGGCUAAAUCAUAUACCGGUAACAAUGACAUUAUCUCACUGCAAGGCAGCUACCACGGGUACUCCAACACCAUUCAAGGGCUGACCGCAACGCAAUGUUACCGGAUGCCAAUCCCUGUUCCAAGCGGAAUACAUCAUGCUAUGUUACCAGACCCUCUUCGCGGUAUCUGGGGAGGCUGUAGGGAUUCUCUAUCUCAAGUGCCAGGAUCAUGUUCUUGUCCAGGGGACUGUAUCACUUCUGACAAAUACGUCCAUCAACUAAGUGAGCUGAUAGAUAACUCGAUUCCCAAAGGAAAAGUAGCGGGAUUUUUCGCAGAAUCGGUACAAGGAGUAAAUGGCACUGUUCAAUUUCCCAAAGGAUAUUUGAGGAAAGCUGCAGAGCUAAUACGUAAAAAUGGCGGUAUUUAUAUAGCCGACGAGGUUCAGACUGGUUUUGGUCGUAUGGGUGAUGCGUUUUGGGGCUUUGAAACUCAUGGUGUCGUACCUGAUAUUGUUACGAUGGCAAAGGGCAUAGGAAAUGGUUUUCCACUGGCAGCUGUUGUCACAAGAAAAGAAAUAGCAGAUGCACACAUGCGUGCUACUUAUUUCAACACAUUUGGUGGAAACCCUUUGGCUUCAACAGUUGGCGAAGCUGUUUUAAACGUAAUCGAAGAAGAGAAUUUACAACAGAACAGCAAGGUUACUGGACAAUAUUUCAUAGAAAAUUUAAUGGAUCUUCAAAAGCUGUAUCCGGUUAUUGGUGAUGUUCGUGGUAAAGGUUUAAUGCUGGGAAUUGAAUUGGUGGAACCCGGAACAAAAGAGGCUUUGAAUGUAGCUAGUGUCUCUGAGAUACAGGAAAAUAUGAAAGAUCUUGGAAUUUUAAUUGGGCGUGGAGGAAGAUACAACAACGUACUGAGAAUAAAACCGCCUAUGUGUAUCACAAGAGACGACUUCGAGUCGAAAGUGGUCGCAUGCGAGAAAACCAAGGAGCCAAUAAUAGAAUACGGGAAGACAUCGAAGUUCGAAGGAUAUGCGGUCACUUUAGAGAAUACUAUACUGUUUCCUGCCGGCGGCGGGCAGCCCCAUGAUAUUGGUAAACUAAAUGAUGUGGAAGUGCUACAAGUGUUGCGGAAGGGUGAAGAAGCCGUGCACUUCACAAGAGAGCCCUUGGAAGUUGGCAGUGUUGUCACGCAGCAGGUCGACUGGCACCGGCGCUUUGAUCAUAUGCAGCAGCACUCAGGUCAACACCUCUUGUCCGCCAUCUUGGAGAAAGAGUACAACCUCCCUACUACGAGCUGGUGGCUCGGCGAACUAGAAUGUCAUGUUGAGUUAGACAGUGUGACGGUAAAACAGAAUGUUGUCCGGGCGGCUGAGGAUCGCUGCAAUGAGCUCAUACGGCAGGCGAGGCCGGUGGUGGUCAAGAUUAGUAGGAAAGGUGAUGAAGCGCUUGAUGAGGCGCACACUAGAGGCCUGCCCGAUGACUGCAUCGCCACCAUCCGCGUGGUCUCCAUCGAGGGCGUCGACGACAACAUGUGUUGCGGCACGCACGUCGCCAACCUCAGCCAACUCCAGGUGAUAAAGCUGCUGGGUUGCGAGCCCGGCAAGAAGGGGAAGACCAACCUACGCUUCGUGGUGGGCAACCGGGUGCUCCAGCACUUGCAGGACAUGCUGGGGCGGGAGCAGGCGCUCACCGGGCUGCUCAAGAAUGAACCAAAGAAACAUGAAGAGUUGGUCCAGAAACUCCAAAAGAAUCUCAAAAUAGCCAACAAGAACCUGCAGAAUGUGGUCUCCGAGCUGGCUCAGUGUGAGGUGCGGAAGAUACGGACGGACAGACCGCAGUUCGUCGUCAUGUGCAAGAAGGAGGCCACUCCAGAGUUCAACAGGGCCAUCUGCAAAGGUUUAGAAGACACGGAGGUGUUCCUGUGCCUGGCGGCCGGGGACCCCGACAAGGCCAAGGAGGCCCAGAUACUUAUGCAAGGGCCGGAGCAACACUGCCACGCUCUAGGAACACAGAUAACCGAGUUGCUAAAAUGCAAGGGCGCGUUCAAAAACGGCAAGUUCCAGGGAAAAGCGGGCGAUCUGAGCGCGAUCAGUCAAUGCAACAAAUUGGUGGCAGAUUACUUUAAUAAUAUUUCCUAAUUUAAGUUAACACACGAAUUG